CUGUCUGUAUAGCAAAUGGAUAACGCGGUGAUAAGCCCUAACGGUGUGUAUGUAUUGACUUUGUUAUCAACGUAGGAACGACAAGGCGACACAAGGGACUUCCUUUUCUCUCCCUAGGGUUCUAUUGAUUCUGAUCGGGGUACAGCCAACAACUGUAGCACUGACACUGGGUUCACUGGUAUACCUACCCUUUGUACGUUAAUGGUACCACAGGAAUCCGUCAUAUCAGAGACGUUUAACACACAAACAAAUACACAAGAGACUUUCAUGCUAUCUGCACCUCCGCUGUUCACAAACGGAGCCUUGAUAAUUUAGUACACUCAAGGAUGGUGGACAGUUAUACGGGACAUUUGUAACAAGCUUUCAUUGGAUGUUAUCCUGAAUGUGUUUUCUGUCAAAAAAGAGGGAUUAAAAUGGCGAUGAGAACGCUGCGUUUCGGACUACUUGGAUUCCUAUAUAUACAACUACUCCAACACGUUUCCGCACAAGAUAGCAGUUCUGGCAUACCCAUUAUAGACAUACCAGACAGUGGGGUAGAGAAAGGUGAUGUGUUUCAUACAUUGAACUGUUCUCUGGUGGAGAUUCCUGCAGAGUGCAAAUUUUUCAUGGACCUACGUAGAACAGAUACAAACCAAACUGAACUGUAUAUGAAGAUAGAUCUGCUUUCAAAUUGUAAUUUUGAUGGAAAACUAUGCAACAAUAUGCAGUGUGAGACGGGGGGCCCAUUUUCAAUUCUUUUCCGGAGAAUUGCAGAAAACAUUCAUUCUAUCAAAUUCAAACACAGCUCGUAUACAAUUGACGUUCCUGAGUCAGCAGUAACUGGAACAAUCCUGUACAAGUUCAAUGCGAGUAAAAUGAUAGACAAGACAGAUUGUUAUAGCGGUACUGGAGGGAGUGGUUAUGUUUUUAGUGUCAAGACACAUAACGACACCUUUGGAGUGAGCAGUAGCACAUUACAUCUCAAAUCAAAGCUCGAUUACGAGAAAAUCGAAACGUACAACAUCACAGUUUCAGCUGUUCUGUACGAACAAAAUGACACGACAGAGUUCAUUAUCAAUGUGAUAGAUGUCGAUGACAUGGACCCGCACUUCAUUGAUGCUCCGUAUUGCCUGAAUAUCACGGAAAACGAUACAAGCACUGUUAACAAAUACCUUUCGACCACACCUGGUAUAGAAGCGGAAGAUAGAGACAAAGGCGAAGGACGUCAGAAUCUAACAUACUCUAUAAAGUCGGGAUCGAAUGGUAUUUUUGAUAUCGACAACAGAAACGGAUGUAUACAGGUCCAUCGUCUGCUGUUUUGGAAAAAAGAUGACCCUAAUGUUUACCACCUCACCAUACAGGCAACCCAAGACAAUGAUCGAGAUAGAUAUUCAACUUCCGGUCUGACUGUUUACGUCAUCGAUACCAACAACCACAGGCCAAAGUUCAGCACUAAUCCGUACUACGCUGUCAUUGGUGAGCAUGCGCGAGUUGGAGCUUACGUCACUAAGGUUCAUGCUGAGGAUGAUGAUGAGGGAAUAUUUGGUGAAACACGAUAUAAACUUAUCAAUGACAACGGGCUUUUCAUGAUUGACAAUCAAACUGGAGUUAUCAGGGUAGAAAACUCCACCGGUUUGGACAGAGAACAGCAUCCAAACAUCACCUUACAGGUACAAUCUAUUGAUGCGGAAGCAAAUGAAACUGGUAGCACCACAUCCGUCGAAAUAACACUGCUUGACAUCAACGACCACACACCACAGUUUUCGAAUGAUACUUACAUAUUCCACAUCAAUAGCUCCGACACUGUACACGUCCAUGCAAAUGAUGCGGAUAUUGGUGGAAAUGGGCAUAUAUCUUACAAAAUAAUACGAGAUAAUAUACCUGGCGUCAGUAUCAAUGGAGACAAUGGAACAAUACAGUUCACUAACAUUCAUGCCGACAUACAGUUUUCUGUGUCUGCAUGUGACAACCCUGCUAUAUCAGGCAGUCGGAGAUGCUCGUUUGUUGACGUGAAAGCUUAUCUAAAUGGAACAACGAUGGGUGCAUAUGUAAAGAACAUGUCUGUUGCUGAGAAUUCCCCUGUUGAAACUGUCGUCGGAAGUAUGGACAUUCACGAAGCUACGUUCAGCAUUGUGGAACAUCACAUACCUUUCAAUAUCAAAAGUGACCAUCUGGUUCGGACGACCCAAGUGUUUGAUCGCGAGAACACUUCCACGUACACAUUCACAGUGAAAGUAACUGGACAGAUUAAUAGCGACGUAACUGUGAAUGUAGCCGUUUUGGAUGUGAACGACAACAGUCCAGUUUUCGACAAAUCAGAAUACGUUUUUGGUUUCCCAUCAGGACGCUCUCCAGUUGGAAAUAUUCGGGCAACAGACGUAGACUUUGAUGAGAAUGGAAAUGUUUCAUAUAGCUUUCAACACUCUUUUGUUGCAAACAAAUAUUUCGAUAUCGACUCUCGAUCAGGGGAAAUAACUCUUUCCGGGGUCACCAUACCUUCAUAUCAGUCUUCGUUCCAACUAGGCGUUUUGGCAUCAGACAACGGUGAUCCUCCUAUGCAGUCCUUCUGUUCAGUUUACAUAUCUCGAGUUUCAGUGAAGGGAAAUUACACCGUCAUGAUUGCUACUCCGUUAGAAGAAGAUGAUCUUAAAAAUAUGUUGUCAGAUUUGAAAAGUAAAAUUGGCAACAUUCUAAAUUUAACUGUCAACGCGCAAGUGUCAACAGCUAUCCAUAAAAGGGCGACAACCACACAAGUACCAAGAGGGAUAUUAGAAAUAUCAGCACAGUAUAAGAAUGGAACGAAGGUACUGGCAAAAGAUCUUCAAAGAGAAGUGCUGCUUCACUUGUCCGAGAUAGAGGCUCUCUGGGCAGCAGAAGUUAACGUUCCAAAGAAAGUCAGUACCGACGAUUCGAACUUGAGUCAGAUAGCCCUAAUCGUCGUUGCUGGUGUGAUGUUGCUGGCAACUUUGAUAGCGGUCAUCAUCCUUUCCGUCAAAUGGAGAGAGUUCAAAGCUCGCGAGAAGAUCCUCAGACUUAAUGAUAAUUUGACUCGUCGCAGUUCUUUGUAUGAAUCACAAGAAAUCAAAGUAAAAAUGGAUGACGAGACCUCGGAUUAUAACGGAUCACUCAACACACAGGAUCUGGAGUCGUACGACAAUGGACAUCGCCCUACGGGGGAACUAAAUUCUUUCGAAAACCCAAUCUACAAAGGAGAAGAUUUGGACGAAACUAGAGUAAAGGCUGAAGCCGUAAACGAGGCUCUGUUAAGUCUUAACGACCUGUCCAACCGACUAGAGGAAGAGGACCCAUUGGCGCCUAAACCGGAUUACGAGAAAAGCGAAUUCGAAAACGGUUCCAGUUUGUUUCAAAACGGGGACAGUGAAUUGUCAGAUAAUGUUAUAAAUGGCGAUCUGAACACAUAUGAUUCGAUGGAUAGCGUUAAAAACACCAAUAAUAAUCAGUAUGAGAAUAUUGAAUUUGGUGAUGACUUUCCUGUUACAAGUGGUUUCGCUGGGUUAAAGAUCGAUGGAAAAAUGAUCAGUAGCUCCGGCGAGGGACACGAUGAUGACGUUUUUAUAGAAGAGAAUGACGACACGGAUGAAAAAAUGACCUCGGACAAUGACGUCAUACCCGAGGAGGAACCGGAUGUAGACUAUCACCUGAAACAGGUGCGAUUCGCGAACCGAGUAGUUAAUGCGGUCACGAACGUUGCUGAAGAACUUAAACCAGAUAAGUCUGAAUUAGUCAAAGACACAGGUAAGGAAGUCGAUUCUAAAAUCGAUGACGACGACAGUGGGGAUGAUAAUGAUGACGACGACGGUAAAGUGUUUCUGGUUAAUGAAGACUCAAACAACGAAUAUGAAAACGAGGCGGACUUUCGGGUUGAUACCACCAACGCGUCAAUUCGAAUGGACGAGGAGAUAAACUCACCGUUAGACUUUCUCAAAAACGACGAAAACAACGCUGAUGCGGGGGAGGAUAACGGAACAUUUGUUUUCGGGGAGGAGGAAUGCACAUCUUUGUAAAUUUUAUACUACAAGACUGUUUUCUGAAAUUUUGUUUCUGCCUUACUCGCCCUUUGAAUGCGAAGGUGGAGGUAAAUUGGAUACUGUUGCAAAGACUCUUGAAGCUUUAUAUUUCCACUUGAGUUAGAAUUUAAUAUUGGAUUAGCUGACAUUAAAAGACCAACGGUCACUCCAUCGGGUCGCAUUAUUUACCGUGUAAUCGCACCCAAAAGUGUAAAAAACAAAAUGAAAGAAAUGUGCUAUUUUUGUAUUUUAAAUGACAUGAUGACAGGAAAUGUAUAAACUAUGUUAAAAGUAUUCUAACCAAGAAUGAGUGCGGGUGAAUACUAUUUUAUAUAAUAUCUAAAUAUGUAUAACUAUUAACUAGAUAUGCAGACUGAAUAUAUCACUUGUAUGCUCUUUUAUUACUCAUUUCUUGAGCUCUUUUUGUAUAUUGAUGACUGACGUCACAGUUUAAGCAAAGCCAUGGUUACCAAUCAAGGCUAAGCUCUUAACUGUAUAAUAUGUGCCGAACACAUGUUAUAUGCCAAAAUCUAGUUAAGUUAAUUAUAAAUUGCUUUAACUUGAAACAAAGCUGACCCGAUCAACGAAUUUGAUAUGUUCAAGCCUAUCCAAGAAUAAAUAUCGUAAAAAGAAUACAGAAAUAGGUGUUUUUUUAUAAUCAGAUGAUAGUUAUACGCAUAGUAGCGACAUGUACCAACAAGUGAUUUCUUAGUCAAGUGUAACUAAGUGACAGUAAUAGACAGGUGGUCGGUUGGGCAGAUUUGAAGAACGUUAACGACAGAUAAAUAUUGUUUGACUUGACUAAUCUAGAAUAA